AGCCGGGCGAAAACACAAUUCUCCCUAAAAGAGCCGUGUAUAUGCACUCCUCUCUUCUUCUGCCAUUCUCUCUCUGUUUCUAAAGAAACCCUAACUUGCUUCGACUCUUCCAACAGACCUUCAAUGAUGGAAAAUGAAAACUUGAGUACAGAAGCUUGUGUUGAAGAAAAAGAACCUGCAAAGCUUGUUAAUGGGAAUGAAGAGUCGGCUGAACUUUCUGCCUCACCCCUGAAAGAUGAAGAAGUUGUAAAGAAGAAGAAGAAGAAAAGUAAAAGCAAGAAAAAGAAAGAACUACCUGAGCAGACUGAUCCACCAUCCAUUCCUGUUGUUGAACUUUUUCCCUCUGGGGAGUUCCCUGAGGGUGAAAUUCAACAGUACAAAGAUGAUAAUCUCUGGAGGAGUACAUCUGAAGAAAAGCGGGAGUUGGAGCGCCUUGAAAAACCAAUUUAUAAUUCAGUUCGCCAAGCAGCAGAAGUCCAUCGCCAGGUUCGGAAAUACAUCAAAAGUAUUUUGAAGCCUGGAAUGUUGAUGACUGACCUAUGUGAGACCUUGGAGAAUACAGUUCGAAAGCUAAUAUCAGAGAAUGGUCUGCAAGCAGGCAUUGCGUUCCCUACUGGUUGCUCUUUAAACUGGGUGGCUGCUCACUGGACUCCAAAUUCUGGAGAUAAGACUGUGCUUCAGUAUGAUGAUGUAAUGAAGUUGGAUUUUGGAACUCAUAUUGAUGGACAUAUAGUUGACUGUGCAUUUACAGUGGCAUUCAAUCCUAUGUUUGAUCCACUGCUUGAGGCCUCACGUGAAGCUACCAAUACUGGAAUCAAGGAAUCUGGAAUUGAUGUGCGUCUUUGCGACGUUGGUGCUGCAAUCCAAGAGGUCAUGGAAUCGUAUGAAGUUGAAAUUAAUGGGAAAGUUUUCCAAGUUAAAAGUAUCCGGAACUUGAAUGGACAUAGUAUUGGGAGUUAUCAGAUCCAUGCUGGAAAGUCUGUUCCUAUCGUUAAAGGAGGGGAGCAGACAAAAAUGGAAGAAGGCGAAUUUUUUGCAAUUGAAACUUUUGCAUCAACAGGAAAAGGCUAUGUGAGAGAAGAUUUAGAGUGCAGCCACUACAUGAAAAAUUUUGAAGUUGGGCACAUUCCUUUGCGUUUGCCUAGAGCAAAGCAACUGCUAGCAACAAUCAACAAGAACUUCUCCACAUUGGCUUUCUGCAGACGAUAUUUAGACCGCCUAGGGGAGACUAAAUAUCUGAUGGCGUUAAAGAAUUUGUGUGAUUCUGGUAUUGUUCAGCCUUAUCCUCCUCUCUGUGAUGUUAAAGGAAGCUAUGUAUCUCAGUUUGAGCAUACCAUUUUACUUCGGCCAACCUGCAAGGAAGUCAUAUCCCGAGGAGAUGACUACUGAAAAUGGAAGGAAUCAAAUACUGUCUUGUUAAUACCUGCAUUGUAAACAUACAUCAUCUAUUUGGAACACAAAAUGCUCACUUCAAUCCUGAGUUAUCUAUGUUUUCUUAGAUUUGGUUUUGACGAAUGCAAAGAUGUAUUGAUCAAGAUUAUUAUCCUUCUGGUCUUGCCCUCUUGGUGAUAUUUUGUUUAUGCUGUUGAGGCCAGGAUACAUGUGUUUGACCCAAAAAGCGAAAAAUUGCCUAGAAAAGAAAGGGAAUAUAAAAUUUGGAUUGUUUUUGUUGUUUCUA